AUGAACCCGAGCAUUAUUUUGAAUGGAACAUUCUUCAAGAAAUCUCAACAAAAGAAAAGGAUAAGUCAAGAAAAUUACAAAGAGAGAUUUUUUGUAUUGAACACUAAUGAACUGACAUACUUUGACUGUCGUUCAGGGAAAGAGGUUCGGAAAGGAUCUAUCGAACUUUGUAAAAUUAAGUGUGUUGAGAUUGUGGAGACUCAACAACCAAUACCAUGCAAAUACCAAUUCCCCUUUCAGGUAUUCUAUGACCAAUAUUACCUGUAUAUUUUCACUCCUGACCAAUUCAGUCGACAAAAAUGGAUAACAGCUUUGAAAGAAAAGACACGACAUAAUGAUGUUGUUACCACAUACCACCCAGAUAUGUGGACAAAAGGCAAAUGGAGAUGCUGUCAAAAGACACAGAAACUGACAGCUGGAUGUACAGAGUAUCACCCAGUGGAUUUAGAGCCGAAAAAAGCUGUUGUCCCUGUGCAAAACCCAGAGAGGUUGAUCCCUGUCGACAAAAGGGUGGUCAUAGCUGUCCAAGACUAUUCUCCAGUUGAAAGUGGGGAUUUGGCGAUUCACAAGGACAAGAAGUACAUUUUAUUAGACGACUCAAAUUCAGACCGGUGGCUGGUGCAAGACUCCGAGGAAAAUACUGGUUACGUGCCUAGUAUAUAUGUUGCUGGAAAAUUUGAAACAAACUUUGAUCGAUUUGAUUGGUACGAUAAUGAAAUGACACGUGAGAAAGCAACAAAUUUAUUGUUACAACAGGACAGAGAAGGCGCAUUCAUGGUGCGGAGAUCAAGUAAAUCAGGUCAAUUUUACUUGUCUGUCUUCUCCAAAAGUAAUCCAGAGGAGCCAACUGUGGCUCAUUACAUGAUCAACACAAAACCAAACAGUGAAGCACCAUUUUACGUGAAGAACAAGUCGUUCGCCACCAUUCCUGAGCUAGUGCACUAUCAUCAACAUGAUUGUGAUGGGAUGGUAACUCGACUUCGGCACCCUGUUUCUCGUCCCAGCCCUCGACGGCGUACCGUGGACAAUGGUCCACAUCUUGAAGAGCAAUGGCAGUUGGACCCUCUAGAGUUGACUUUGGAUAGAAAAUUAGGAAAUGGACAGUUUGGUUUGGUGAUGAAAGGAACAUGGAGGGACAAGAAAGUGGCCGUGAAGAUGAUUAACAAGGGAGCUAUGUCUGAGGAAGAAUUUAAAGAUGAAGCCAAAACAAUGAUGAAAUUGUCCCACUGUAAGCUGGUGCAGUUGUAUGGAGUGUGCACGCAGCGCUCGCCCCUGUGUAUAGUGUUUGAGUUCAUGGAGCAGGGCGCUCUGCUGGACUUUCUGAAGGCCAGAAAGGGCUCUCACUCCCUGUCACAAGAGAGACUAUUUGGGAUGUGUUUGGAUGUUUGUGAAGGAAUGUGUUUCUUGGAGCGCUCCAACUUCAUACACAGGGAUUUGGCAGCUAGAAAUUGCCUUGUUUCACACGAUAAUGUGGUCAAAGUGGCCGAUUUUGGAAUGGCAAGAUUUGUUCUAGAUAAUGAGUAUACAACGUCUCAAGGAUCAAAGUUCCCUGUAAGGUGGUCUGCCCCUGAGGUCAUUCUAUUUGGGAGGCACAGUAGCAAAGCUGAUGUCUGGUCGUUUGGUAUACUCAUGUGGGAGGUGUACAGUGAAGGCAUUCUCCCUUAUGAAAAAAAUAAUACUUUUGAUGUGGUAAAAUUGGUCAAAAGAGGGGAGAGACUCUCAAAGCCAGAAUUAGCUCCUGAUGAUGUGCACGCACUCAUGGAGUGGUGCUGGAAGGAAAAACCAGAAGAUCGUCCAACAUUUGCUCUGCUGCUACAUCAAUUAGACCCGUACACCGUGAGGUCAUUUGGAGCCGGUUUUUGGCGAUGUCCAGGCCACAGGAAGAGACUGAAAGAAAAAGAGGUUUGGAAAGGAUCUAUCGAACUUUGUAAAAUUAAGUGUGUUGAGAUUGUGGAGACUCAACAACCAAUACCAUGCAAAUACCAAUUCCCCUUUCAGGUAUUCUAUGACCAAUAUUACCUGUAUAUUUUCACUCCUGACCAAUUCAGUCGACAAAAAUGGAUAACAGCUUUGAAAGAAAAGACACGACAUAAUGAUGUUGUUACCACAUACCACCCAGAUAUGUGGACAAAAGGCAAAUGGAGAUGCUGUCAAAAGACACAGAAAUUGACAGCCGGAUGUACAGAGUAUCACCCAGUGGAUUUAGAGCCGAAAAAAGCUGUUGUCCCUGUGCAAAACCCAGAGAGGUUGAUCCAUGUCGACAAAAGGGUGGUCAUAGCUGUCCAAGACUAUUCUCCAGUUGAAAGUGGAGAUUUGGCGAUUCACAAGGACAAGAAGUACAUUUUAUUAGACGACUCAAAUUCAGACCGGUGGCUGGUGCAAGACUCCGAGGAAAAUACUGGUUACGUGCCUAGUAUAUAUGUUGCUGGAGAAUUUGAAACAAACUUUGAUCGAUUUGAUUGGUACGAUAAUGAAAUGACACGUGAGAAAGCAACACAUUUAUUGUCGCAACAGGACAGAGAAGGCGCAUUCAUGGUGCGUAGAUCAAGAAAAUCAGGUCAAUUUUCCUUGUCUGUCUUCUCCAAAAGUAAUACAGAGAAGGGGCCAAAUGUGGCUCAUUACAUGAUCAACAAGAAACCAAACAGUGAAGCACCAUUUUACGUGAAGAACAAGUCGUUCGCCACCAUUCCUGAGCUAGUGCACUAUCAUCAACAUGAUUGUGAUGGGAUGGUAACUCGACUUCGGCACCCUGUUUCUCGUCCCAGCCCUCGACGGCGUACCAUGGACAAUGGUCCACAUCUUGAAGAGCAAUGGCAGUUGGACCCUCUAGAGUUGACUUUGGAUAGAAAAUUAGGAAAUGGACAGUUUGGUUUGGUGAUGAAAGGAACAUGGAGGGACAAGAAAGUGGCCGUGAAGAUGAUUAACAAGGGAGCCAUGUCUGAGGAAGAAUUUAAAGAUGAAGCCAAAACAAUGAUGAAAUUGUCCCACUGUAAGCUGGUGCAGUUGUAUGGAGUGUGCACGCAGCGCUCGCCCCUGUGUAUAGUGUUUGAGUUCAUGGAGCAGGGCGCUCUGCUGGACUUUCUGAAGGCCAGAAAGGGCUCUCACUCCCUGUCACAAGAGAGACUACUUGGGAUGUGUUUGGAUGUUUGUGAAGGAAUGUGUUUCUUGGAGCGCUCCAACUUCAUACACAGGGAUUUGGCAGCUAGAAAUUGCCUUGUUUCACACGAUAAUGUGGUCAAAGUGGCCGAUUUUGGAAUGGCAAGAUUUGUUCUAGAUAAUGAGUAUACAACGUCUCAAGGAUCAAAGUUCCCUGUAAGGUGGUCUGCCCCUGAGGUCAUUCAAUUUGGGAGGCACAGUAGCAAAGCUGAUGUCUGGUCGUUUGGUAUACUCAUGUGGGAGGUGUACAGUGAAGGCAUUCUCCCUUAUGAAAAAAAAAAUAAUUUUGAUGUGGUAAACUUGGUGAAAAGAGGGGAGAGACUCUCAAAGCCAGAAUUAGCUCCUGAUGAUGUGCACGCACUCAUGGAGUGGUGCUGGAAGGAAAAACCAGAAGAUCGUCCAACAUUUGCUCUGCUGCUACAUCAAUUAGAGUCAAAUACGUCCAAAUAG